AUGCGUUUGGGCUCGAUGAGGGGCAGGCUGAGCGUGAAGUACCAUACCGUGGAUGCUAGCGCCCUUGCGGGCCGCGAAUACGAAGCCUGUUCAGGCGAGCUCAUCUUUGAACAUGGCGAAGACCACAAAGAGAUCCAGGUCGAAAUCAAUGACGACGACAACUGGUCACCCUCCACAGAAUUCAAAAUCGUCUUGACCCAUCCGCAGAACUGCAGGCUUGGACAAGAUCUGCAAUACUGCCGCGUCAAGAUCAUCGAUGAUGAUGCUUUUCCUGGCAACAACCACCGCGAAGAGAUCCUCAAGGGCGAGGAUGCUAUAUGGAACAUCAGCGGCUUCUCCCUGUUUUUCGAAUUUUUCCGUCUGAACUUCAUCAGUGAAGGCAUGGGAUACAGAACUGUGCUGACUGUGAUGUUCGACCAGUUGAAGAAUGCCUACCUUCUUCUGACCCUCAUGAUGAAGACCUAUCUCAUCAACGUGGUGCUGGACAUGAGAACGUCUGAGGAUCGCCUGAUUCUGCCGGAUCGGCGUACUUGUGCCAUCGUCAUCGGCAUCCUCUACGUCGCGCCGCUCACAAUUCUUCACGUCUGGGACUACUAUAAGUUAUCCUUGGACGUGCAAGGGCGCACGAAGAUGUUCAUCCAGACGACCCUCUUUCGGAAGUAUCUGAACUACAGCGAGAAGUCAAGGCGUUCGAUGACGCCGGCACAGAUGAAUCAUGCCAUCACGCAGGAGAGCACGGACGUUGCCAGUGCCUACGCUGCAGUGUUGGAGAUUGUGCAGAUGGGCGGUCGAAUCGUGCUGAUGGUCGGCUUCACAUUGUGGCAGGACCCGGCGUGUUGGUGGGUCGUGGCCCUCAUGCCCACACUCAUGGUCCUCUUCGGAAUCAUCCGCGGCGAUGCGAUGUCCAAGGUGACGCGGAUCUCCGGCGCAGUGCGGGAGCAGGUGGUUGCCUUCGUGAGUGAGUCCUGCGACAAGUACAGCUUGAUCGCUGAGUACAGCCGUCGGCCGGUAAUGAGCGAAAUCUUCGAGAAGAAGGCCAACUUAGUGGCUUAG